AUGAACAACUUUGGAGGAAUUCGUAUCCCAGAAUUCAUGGGCUCAUUCCGUCAGCUCAAAUAUCUUAACCUCUCCUCGGCUCAUAUGGGUGGAUUGAUCCCACAUCAGCUUGGGAAUCUAUCGAGCCUCCAAUAUCUCGAUCUCAGUUAUAAUUAUUAUUAUUAUUGUGACAAUUUUGAAGUUCCACCGAGAUUGCUCAUCAUUGAUAAUGCCCUCUGGAUUUCUCGACUUUCUUCUCUGCGAUAUCUCAAUAUGUCGGAUGUGAAAUUCAGAGAAGGUGCUCAUUGGCUGCAAGCACUAAACAUGCUCCCUUCUAUUAUGGAG